AUGGCCACUGCUGCCAUCACAGCGCCAUCCUCUGUGGCACCUCCUCCUCCUCCCAAACCUCCGAGCCCAUCGGUUCCUGUUAUCCUCCACGAAGCCGGACUCGAUUCCCCUUCAUUCCGAGCUUCUGCUCUAUAUUUUGCCGAACAAGUAGAUGCGAUAGAACGAUGGUUAGAAGGCUAUGUUAGGACGACAGCUAAACUAUCCCACGAGUUGCUCGGCGUGGAGGAAACCAUAAAUAACUAUUUGAGCAAGAUCAUUCCGCCCCCAAAUAUCAAUGUGGUCGAUAACGACUAUGCCGCACUGGCACUUAAAAGGUUCAGUGAGGGAUCGAGGGAGUGGUGGGUGCAAGUCUUGAAUGCUGCUAGGAAAAUGGACACGAUGUCGGUCGAGCCGAUUCGAGCAUUUCUCCAAAGCGAUUUACGAAAUUUCAAGGAGGCCAGAAGAGCUUUAGAACAAACACAGAAGGUCUUUGAUACUACUUUGGCUCGGUACGUAAGUCAGUCUAAGACGAAGGAACCCUCUUCGCUGCGAGAAGACGCCUUUUCCGUAUACGAGACUCGUAAGGCUUAUCUGAAGGCAUCCAUGGACUUCUGCUUCUUCGCGCCUCAAUUCCGCCUUAAUCUUGACAAGCUACUCGUGCGAAUAUCUUGCGACCUCUGGCGCGAUAUGAAGAGGUCCCGAGACGCUGCAGGAAGCUUUGGGAAAUAUGGUCACGAGAUGGAUCGCGUGAGAGGAUGGUCAAAGGAGAUGGAACUAUCAGAGCCCGUUUUUAAACGCGAACUACAGAUAUCGCGGCGCGAUAUUGGAGAGACUACUCUAGCAGCAUUUAAACCGUCACGAGAGAUUGACGACUAUAGCGCAUCGACCGUGCCAUUCCUAGGAUCUAGGGGGCCUAUGAACGUCUCUACGGCCGACCAGUCCGCUGCGAUAAUGGAAAAACAAGGCUGGCUGUUCCUACGGACUAUAACAGGAAAGCCAUCUCGAACGAACUGGAUUCGAAGAUGGUAUUACUGCCGAGAAGGUAUCUUUGGCUGGCUCGUAAACAGCCCUCAGGGUGUCUUGCAAGGCGACGAGAUCGGUGUCCUUCUAUGCAAUGCGAAGCCCGCCGUGGGAGAGGAACGUCGGUUCUGCUUUGAGGUGAAAACCAAGAACCAGACACUACUACUCCAAGCCGAGACGCAAGCUCAAUUAAUAGAGUGGCUCGAGGUUUUCGAAGUCGCAAAGAAGAGGGCUUUCGAAGCAAGCGUUACUAGGGAUAGCUCGUCUCUUCCAGGUGGUGUUGAUCCAGCCUUCUCUAUUACACCACCUUCGCUUCCGGAAUUCUCGGCCAAAUCUUUGGAUGCCCAGAUUGAUGAUGGGGCAGGUGCCGAGCGAUCUGGAACUCUACCAGCUCCUGAGGUUGGACUAGUACCCCGGCCAAGCUUUGAUAUCACAACAGCUCCCCCAAAGCGGUCAGUGACGUCGCUAGCCCGUGAGGAAGGGGAGAGCGGUCGAGAACACGCAGCCAGGAUAAUGCAGAAGCUCGAUCUUCAUCGGAAAGCUACUUUCACCUCAAGCAUGGAUACAGGGCCAUUGUCAUCACCAGCGCCGACAGGGGGUAUAGCUAGUCUAAUAUCCGCCAGUCACGGUCUACUACCAGGUUAUCCUCCCACCGCCUCCAAACAACAGCAACCAGGACUCGUCUUACCGGGUCCCGAAUCGCAACCUGGUAGUCUUGCACCUCCGACACUAGCGAAGCCACCGGCAACGACCCAUCUUAGUAAGACGGCUGUUGUGUAUAGCGGCGACAGAGUACUGAAUACGAAUGCAUGGCAUACCUUGCCGACAGCGAUAGUAGCUAAUUAUUGGGGAAGCAAUACCUGGGGUCAUGAGUACUCGCCAAAGAUCCCCCGAACCGACAAGGAUAUCGACGAUCCAUUUGGUCCAAACUCGCCCUCGAUUAAGAUGACUACACUCGGCGAGGGUGAAGAGUUCAGAAGCCCGGUUUCGUCACAUAAGAAGGCUAUUAGCAUGGAUGCUAAGAUAAGCCAUCCAAAGAUCGUCUUACCCGCUCCAGAAAAAUCACUGCCGGAGACUUUCUCUCCUGAUUAUCCCAUAGAACUGAAGACCAACUCAGCACAGUUCAGGCUACUUUUCCCGAGCGUACCAUUAGAUGAAAAGCUAGUCUUAGUCUUCAGAGCUUCUUGGACUAGCACUUCGGAAGCUGACCGUGACGUGCCCCAGAUGGCUGGCAACGGGCGAAUCUACGUUACUCCAGAUAAUAUGUACUUCUACGGCCAUCAAAUGGGCUUCGUCAUAACGUAUACCAUUAACCUCGACACCAUUACAGAAGUAACAGCUGCUCCCGGCAGGGAUUGCGAUUUUAUUUUUCUUCAUUUGAAUCAGGGUACUGACGACAUUGGAUACACCCGAAUAACAAUAAAAAUAUUCCUCGAAGAUCUUGAUCUCUUACACGCGCGUCUGAACCUUCUCGUUGACGACCUGCAAGCUGAAGAGCCCAUGGACCUGCCUGAGCUCAUCAGAGCGCUCAUCAGUUUGGAGAAGGAAGAAACGGACAGAAGAAGUCCCAGCGUGGAUAGUUGGGAAGAAAUUUCAGAGCAUACUCCUAUCGAUGAUGGUACUGCCGGUGGUAGAGCUAUCAGUCCCCGGUAUCACGACUCCGCUUACAACUCUCGACGCAGAGGUGCAAGAAAGACUCUUCCUAAGUUCCAGCUCCCAACCCAUCCAGUAAUCUACGAGCCCGAAGAUAUGCAGAAGAAGGUUGCCGAGCGGAACUUCGAGAUUAGCGCUAAAGCAUGCUUCCACGUCUUGUUCGGAGAUAAGAGCUUCGUCUUUCCUAAGCUCUACUUUGAGCGAAGGGCCCAACAUAUCGCUCAAGGCCCUUGGAAAUUAAACGAGGCGGGAAAUAUGCAUAGGCAAUUUCGGUUUAGCGUCAACUAUACUACGAGGUUAGGUCGGUCAAGGGCCGAAGAAGUCACUGAUGAGCAAACAAUCGAAUUGUUCAGCGACCAUGUCACAUACGUGGUUACGCAUGUUAAAAGCCCUUGGCAUCUACCUCACGCACAUAGUUUUAAGUUGGUCACCAAGAUUGUCAUCACUCAUAUCGCCAAGUCAAAAUGUAAGCUCGCCAUCUUUACGAAGGUGGUGUGGUCAAAACCACCAGCUCUUGCCAAGAACCUAGUCGAACGGCAAGCGCUUGACGACGCUAGCCAAGAUGCCGAAGAUAUCGCUGAAGUUGCGACGGAUCAAGUGCGAAAACUUGGGCAUCACAGCCGCACAAAGAGGGCUAUCCAGGUCUACGGACAUAUAGGCCUACAAACACAGGUUGUAGUCUUCACGCCUGGAGACAGCGGCACGUCGAGAAAGCCGCAAAUCAACCCGCGCACGUUGGGUUCGAUGCUGUUAGAAACCAUUAGGUCCUUCGCCGACAGUGUUGCAUCGUCGCUGAUGAUGUGGACGUUUGCAGCUAUAAAGAAGUUAUGGGAUAUAGUAUCAGCAGAGCGGCUUAUCCUAGCCUUGCUCGGGUUUAGCAUUAUUACGAAUGUAGUAAUUUCAUCCCAAAGCACCUCAACAUGGUGGUCCGAACGGCGCGCGGCCAGCUUCAUGAACCGAGUCGGCGUGAGCCCGAACAUCGUGAUGAGCAAAGCAAUCUACAUAGCGGACCUAGACGAAGCGGCGAGAAGCUCCAGGGCCCUCCCCGCGUGGCCGCAGGACAGCUACUGCUACUCGACAUUCCAGUCCAUCGCUAACAGCAGCGACGCGGACGCGCCGUACGAGUACGCGGGGUCAUCGUUAUCAUGGAGCUCGAGCCGCGCGACGGCGCGCCGACUGCGCCAGACAAGACAGAAGUUAGGCGCGUACCGGCACGACUUACUAGUUGCGAUGCGCACGGUCAACAGCGUGGAACGCGAGAUGAUGCACGCCGAGUGGGAGAACUGGCUACUGGACGAGAACCACCGCUGCGAGCAGGUGGAAAUCGUGCUCGCAGCGUGGAACGACUCGGCGGAUGGGGGGAGGCUCAAGGGGGAGAUCGCGCAGAAGGUUCUGCAUAGUAAUAUUGGAGAUGCCAAGGACAAAGAUAAAGACGAAGCGAAAAGAAGAAAUUUGCAGAGGUGGCAUGAGGAAUACUGCGGUAGUUGCAGGGCGGAUCGUAAGGCAUUGCUCGAGGAGAGGGAAAGCCUGAGCUUGGCUGCGGCGGUGUUGUAG